AUGGAAUUAGAACACAAGGCCUAUUGGGCAAUAAAGAAAUUGAAUUUUGACUGGAAAGUUGCUAGCGAGAAGAGACUCUUGCAAUUGAAUGAGCUUGAUGAGUUUCGACUCCGAGCUUAUGAGAAUGCUAGCAUCUACAAGGAAAAGACAAAGAAGUGGCAUGAUAGGAAGAUUUUGAAUAGGGAAUUUGUCUCAGGAUGGUCUGGACCCUUUGUGGUCAAGAGGGUGUAUCCUCAUGGUGUUGUUGAGGUUGAAAACCCAGAGACCAAGAAUACUUUCAAUGUGAAUGAGCAGAGGUUGAAAGUGUACCAAGGUGGUGAGGGAUUGAGAGCCUAA